CAUAUUCGACAUACUUCUUGCUCAUCGCUUGAUUACAUGCUGCAAAAUCUUGAAAAGAAUCAAUACUACUGCCUGGAUUAGGCACUCACUCCCGUUUUUCAAUAUUGUGCGGAUUGGACGAAGUCGACAAGACAUAAAAUGAAACACACAACAGACAUCGAAGUCAUGCUUGCCGACAAGGGCGGCUACAGAAAGAUCAACAAGUCCCUGAAUAUCUGUGCAUUCGAAGACUAUCUCAACGGCCAGACAGCAAAUCUUCCCAAUCUCCCAGACGUCGAACAGCUCACUCCUCGCGUCCUACGCAUAUUGGGCCAGAACCCGGGAAAGUUCACCUAUCAAGGGACAAACACCUAUGUCGUCGGAACCGGAAGUCAUCGACUUAUUGUGGAUACGGGCGGAGGGGAACCGGCUUGGGCUGAACUGAUCUCAUCUACACUGCAACAGAUGGGCAUCAGACUUUCCCACGUGCUACUGACCCAUUGGCAUGGAGAUCAUACCGGCGGCGUACCGGACCUGCUCCGACUCUAUCCACAUCUGGGUGACUCCAUUUACAAGAACGAGGCAGAGUAUGGCCAGCAGGACAUCUACGAUGGUCAGGUGUUCCGGGUUGAAGGUGCGACUGUCCGGGCUCUCCAUGUCCCUGGACACUCGGAGGAUCACAUGUGCUUCAUACUCGAGGAAGAGAAUGCCAUGUUCACAGGUGACAAUGUUCUCGGUCACGGAACCAGCGUGGCAGAAGACCUGGGCACGUUCAUGAACAGCUUGCAGAAAAUGGACGAUCAACAUUGCACCAUCGGGUAUCCUGCGCACGGAAUCACCAUAAGGGACCUGCCGGCCAAGAUAGACAGAGAGUUGGGGAGCAGAUUGAAACGAGAAAGGCAGGUCAUGCAGGCGCUGAGGAGCCUUGGGACUCAUGGCUCGAGGACUGUCACUGUCAAGGAGAUUGUGACGGAGAUCUACGGCGAAUCGCUAGACGAGAGCACGAGGACCUUGGCAUUGGAGCCCUUUAUUGAUGAGGUACUCCGCAAGUUGGCGGGGGACUAUCGGGUUGGUUUUCAGGUCCGACGGGGGGAGAAGGAGAGGAAGUGGUAUGCAGUCGAUGUUGCGGCCUAAUUCUCCCCCGGUCUCCCGGU